CUCUCCGUCUCUUCACCGCGGCAUCUCUGCGGCCGACAGGCCCCGGCUCCCGCCCCCCGCCCCCGGCCUCCGCCCCCGGCUCUACCCACGCCCUCCAUCCGCCCGCAGACAGCGCAGAGCCGGGCCUGGCUCCCCGUGCGUCCUGUGGGGGCGGAGGCGCGGAGAGGCGGCAAGUGCAGCCGGGGAGUGGGGGGGGCAGAGGCACAGACAGAGGCGCUGAGGCUUGGAGAGAGGAGACGUGGAGGGAGGGACGGCGCCCGGACAGUGGCGGACACGGCAUCGCGCGCCGUGAAGAGCGCAGCGCACGCAAGGUGCCCAUCGCUGGGCACUGACAGGGGCAGCCUGGGUGGUCUCUGCCGUCCAUGCACAGAGCACCCUCCCCCACUGCCGAGCAGCUUCCAGGCGGAGGGGUCAGCACCCGCCGGACCCAACAGUCCAGACUCAAGCCCAGUGCCCGAGCUAUGGCACUGCCUCGGACGCUGGGGGAGCUGCAGCUGUACCGGGUCCUGCAGCGUGCCAACCUUCUUUCCUACUAUGAAACUUUCAUCCAGCAAGGAGGGGACGAUGUGCAGCAGCUCUGCGAGGCGGGGGAGGAGGAGUUCCUGGAGAUCAUGGCCCUUGUGGGCAUGGCCACUAAGCCCCUUCAUGUCCGGCGCCUGCAGAAGGCACUGAGAGAGUGGGCCACCAACCCAGGCCUCUUCAGCCAGCCAGUGCCUGCUGUGCCUGUCUCUAGCAUCCCGCUCUUCAAGAUCUCUGAAACCGCGGGUACCCGGAAAGGGAGCAUGAGCAAUGGGCAUGGCAGCCCAGGAGAAAAGGCGGGUAGUGCCCGCAGUUUUAGUCCCAAGAGCCCCUUGGAACUUGGAGAGAAGCUGUCACCACUGCCAGGGGGACCUGGGGCAGGGGAUCCCCGGAUCUGGCCAGGCCGGAGCACUCCAGAGUCGGACAUUGGGGCAGGAGGAGAAGAGGAGGCUGGCUCACCCCCCUUCUCCCCACCUGCAGGGGGUGGAGUUCCUGAGGGGACAGGGGCUGGAGGGCUGACAGCAGGUGGGACUGGGGGUGGACCAGACCGACUGGAGCCAGAGAUGGUGCGGAUGGUGGUCGAGAGUGUGGAGAGGAUCUUCCGGAGCUUCCCAAGGGGGGAUGCUGGGGAGGUAACUUCCCUGCUAAAGCUGAAUAAGAAGCUGGCUCGGAGCGUGGGACAUAUCUUUGAGAUGGAUGAUAGUGACAGCCAGAAGGAAGAGGAGAUUCGAAAGUACAGCAUCAUCUAUGGCCGCUUUGAUUCCAAGAGGCGGGAGGGCAAGCAGCUCAGCCUGCAUGAGCUGACCAUCAAUGAGGCUGCUGCCCAGUUCUGCAUGAGGGACAAUACACUUUUGUUGCGGAGAGUGGAACUCUUCUCCUUGUCCCGCCAAGUAGCCCGAGAGAGCACCUACCUGUCUUCCUUGAAGGGUUCUAGGAUCCAUCCUGAAGAGUUAGGAGGCCCCCCACUGAAGAAAUUGAAACAAGAGGUUGGAGAGCAGAGUCACCCUGAAAUCCAGCAGCCUCCCCCAGGCCCUGAGUCCUAUGCACCCCCAUACCGACCCAGCCUGGAAGAAGACAGCGCCAGCCUGUCUGGGGAGAGCCUCGAUGGACACUUGCAGGCUGUGGGGUCGUGCCCAAGGCUGACGCCGCCCCCUGCUGACCUGCCUCUGGCAUUGCCAGCCCAUGGGCUGUGGAGUCGCCACAUCCUGCAGCAGACACUGAUGGACGAGGGGCUGCGGCUAGCCCGCCUCGUCUCCCAUGACCGCGUGGGCCGCCUCAGCCCCUGUGUGCCUGCAAAGCCACCUCUCGCAGAGUUUGAAGAAGGGCUACUGGACCGAUGCCCAGCCCCAGGAACCCACCCCGCACUGGUGGAGGGGCGGCGAAGCAGUGUCAAAGUGGAGGCUGAGGCCAGCAGGCAGUGAGGUCCCUGGCUCUCUGGACUUGGACUUUCGGCUCAAACAGAUAGGCAGACCGACCCUCCACUCACAUCCCUUCAGACUCGAAUCACCGGAUCCUUCGCUGCGCUUCUCCUGCCUCCCCAUCUGCUCCAUGGGCAAAAGACUAUGGGGCUUCAAGCAAUAAACGCAGGGGCCUGGCGAGAGGACACAAGGAGGGUGUGUGGUGCCCCUCACCCCUGCCCAGAGCAAGGGGGCGAGGACUCUGCCUCCAGGGUUUCUUCCGAUUUACACAACAUACUCCCAAUCUCUAGGUUUGAACCAGUAGUGUGAGCAGUUGGACUCAGUAUGGAUUUGGGGGAGAGGGAGAUUUCCCUGGGAAAGGCCAGCAGCUGCAAAUGGAAAUACUCACUGGGGGCCUGGGAACACUGGAACUGCUCCUUCUCCCCUCUCCUCUCCCAUGUAUGUGCUUCUAGUUGGGUUUCUUUAAUUUAACAAGUGCUGCAGUUAGCCCACCUAUCCCAUCUCUCUCCCAAACCCUCAGCAAUCCUUUUCCUCCUGUUUUCUGGGGAUAGGGGGCAUGGUGGAGGUGGGAUCCCCUUCACCAGCCCCCUCAGGAGACCUAGGUUGGACUCACGGUCUCCCUCAGCUGGGGGGUUGGACCACCGCAGCACUUAAUCUGAGCAGUUAGAGCAUCUUUCUUUUCAGAUUGUGUACAGUAGAUUAUUUAUUUUGUUAUUUUGGAAUAAAAUUUAUUUUAUGGCUUAGGA